AAAGCGCUUGCGUCAGAGCUCACUGUCCUGCUAUAAAAGCGCAGGCUGCUGCAGCAGCAAGCAGUCGAGGCUUCAACCUGAGCCCUGCACACACCUCUACACACACACAUACACAAAGAGGAGAGGGAGAGCAGCCUGUCCUCCCACCACUCGACCAUGAGUAGCAUCGGAUAUGACCCCUACUACUCCACCACGUCAUACAGACGCUGGUAUGUCGAAGCCCCCCCUCGUGUUGUGACCAGAGGGAGGACCCACUCUGUCUACUCCUCCCAUGCUUCCCCGCUGUCCUCCUCCCGUCUACAGUACUCCUCUCCCGGCCGGGUGCUGCUCUCCUCCUCCUCACAAGCCUCUUCCCUGGAGCUGGAGCUCAGCCAGGCAGCCCAGAUCAGCUCUGAAUUCCGCACUGUUCGCACCCAAGAGCGCAGCCAGCUGCAGGACCUCAACGAUCGCUUUGCUGGCUUCAUUGAGAGAGUGCGUGAGUUGGAGCAGCAGAACCGUGCUCUAGAGGCAGAGCUACUGCUGCUGAGGCAGAAGCACGCUGAGCCAUCCCGCCUGAGAGCACUGUAUGAGCAAGAGGCCCGGUCCCUGAGAGCCGCUGUGGAUGAGGCCAGGGCAGAACAGCAGGCAGUCCUAGGACAGAGAGAGCGGCUUGAGCAAACCCUGAGUGCCCUGCAGGGUCGAUAUGAGGAGGAAGUGCUGGCUCGUGAAGAGGCUGAGGGCAGGCUGAUGGAGGCCCGCCGUGAGGCCGACCAGGCUGCUUUAGCUAAGGCUGAGCUGGAGAAGAGCAUCGAAACUCUGCUGGAGGAGCUGGCCUUCCUCAAGAGGAUUCAUGAUGGGGAGGUGGCUGAGCUUCAGGCCCAGGUGCAGCUGGGUGUCCAGGUGGCAGUAGAGUCUGAGGCCGCAACACCAGACCUCUCUGGGGCUCUCAGGGACAUCCGGUCCCAGUAUGAAAGGCUGGCAGCAAGAAACAUGCAGGCAGCAGAGGAGUGGUUCAGAGGGAAGGUGGGAUCCAUGACUGAGACCGUUGCCCAUCACACCGACGCCAUGAAAAGCUCCAAGGACGAAGCAGGAGAGUACCGACGCCAGCUCCAAACCCGCUUGUUGGAGAUCGAUGCAUGCAGAGGCCUCAAUGAAUCCCUGGAGAAACAGCUGCAUGAGAUGGAGGAAAAGCAGAGUGCUGAGAUAGCUGCUAUGCAGGACACCAUUGCAGAGUUGGAGGGUGAGCUGAGGGGCACCAAACAGGAAAUGGCACGCUACCUGAAAGAGUACCAGGACCUUCUAAAUGUCAAGAUGGCUCUGGACAUCGAGAUUGCUGCAUACAGGAAGCUGCUGGAAGGGGAGGAGUCUCGCUUCAGUGGGGGAGUGGCUGGGGGCGUGUCCUCUUUGUACAGCCACAGUUUUUCAGCACCAUCCUAUGCCCGGCCAGUGUUCUCCAGCCUGAGCUCCGGCACCUCCUACAUGAUGACAUCCCGCCUGCUUAGCUCCAGCGUCAGCACCACCGAGGGGAUCAUCUCUGCCAGCCACGCCCAGCGAGCAGAGGCCAGCCCACCCGGCGACGAGGAGGAGGAGGAGGAGGUAAAGGAGGAACAGGAGGAGGAGAAGGAAGAAGAGGGAGGAGAGGAGACAGAGGAGACAAAAGAGGAAGAGGAAAAAGGGGAGGAAGAGGAAGGAGAGGAGGAGGGAGAUAAAGAGAAAGAAGACGAAGAGGAGGCUAAGGAAGGAGAUGAAGAAGUUAAGGAGGGAGAAGAGGGUGGUGAUGAGAAGGAGCAAAAGGAGGAGGUGACAGAGGCCGCUGAAGAGGAGGAGGGUGAGAAAGACGACAAAGGAGAAGACAAAGAAGAAGGAGAGGUGACUGAGGUUAAAGAAGAAGCACAAGAGGAGGUAAAAACAGAAGGAGCCGACGACAAAGGUGAGGAUGCAAAAGAAGAAGAGAAAGAGGAGAAGGAGGAAGAAAAGAAAAGCGAAGAGAAAGAAGAUAAAGCAGACACCAAGAAAGACGACAAAGCUGACGACAAAGACGACAAAGCUGACGACAAAGAUGACAAAGCUGACGACAAAGAUGACAAAGCUGACGAGAAAGCUGACGACAAAGACGACAAAGUUGACGAAAAAGAUGACAAAGCUGCUCCGAAACCAGAUGAUAAAGCUGACACCAAAAAGGAGAAAGAGGAAGCAAAAUCAGCCAAACCCGAAGCUGCCGAAGAAAAGAGCACAAAGGAUAAAAAGUAAGCCAGCAGCCUCAGCAAACUAACCAGAAGAGGCAUCUACGCUACUCUCUCAAAUCUGCUUGUUAACAUGGUGCUCAGUAAAACAGUCCAAUAGCCAGUUACAGCAACAAAUCAAGGCUAACUGCUUGCUUCCAGAGUAGUCAAUAAAGGUCUGGUUGCACGCUUCCUGAUGAGUCUAUUAUGUGUAAUUGCUGAAUGUGAGUGUGUGAGUUUUUGGUGGUUAAAUAAACACCUCUUAAAGCCA